AUGGCGGGCGUCGGGGAAGCUCCGCCGCCUGCUCCUCCGCCUCCGCCUGCCAUGGCUGCUCCGCCAGGUGCCCCACCAACGAUGCUUCCGCCGACGACGGAAGAGACAGUCCCGCUGAGCCUGCUGACCACUGCGACGGUUCAGCAGACCAUGCGAGAGCUGCGACAGCUGAGCGAGUCGCUCGCUGCGUCGCGUGCGACGGCGGAGGCGAGCGGGCGAGGUCCCGACGACGAGAAGCAGCGGAAAGUCGCUCUGCUGAAAUUCCUUUGGCAUACGCGACAGAAGCUGCUGCGGCUUCUCGUUGUAACGAAAUGGUGUAACCAGCUGCCCGUGAUCGAGCGGUGCAAGCAAGCGUGGACCGCGCUGGCCAAUCACGACGCAGCGUUUGUGCAAGCUGCGGACGGAUUAUGGAUGACUCACGCGCAGAUCCAAGGCGCGCGCGCGCCGCUCUACGACGUUCCCACCGCCGUCGAAAUCCUCUCCACGCACGCUUACCGCCGGCUACCCGCUUGCGUAGACGAUCUGCAGCUCCCGCCGAACCUGAUGCUGCAGAGGCUCGGGCCAGCUUCGGUGGCAGGGUUGGUACCGCCUGCAGGGGUUGCUGCAGCAGCGACGGCAGCUGCUGAAGCUAUGAGAUUGCUGGGAGGGGAGGAGGACGAGGAGGAAGAGGAGGAAGAGGAGGGUGAGAGGGAGGGGAAGGGGAAAGGGAAAGAGGAAGAGGAGGGAGAAGUGGAGUAUAAGGGCGUGAAGGGAACCACCAUUCCUGCUGAUUCUGCUGCUGGCUCUAACGCUGCCGCUGCUGCUGCUGCUGCUGCUGCUGCCGUGACUGCUGCCACACCCGACGCCACAGCACCAGCUGACUCUAUCCCAGUUAUGCCCGAGACGGCCAAGGCGAAGCGCGCGAGGCUGAGAGCCGCCAGGCGUAGCGGCAGGCGAGCCGCCAUAGAGCAGAUUAACUCCUUCCUGCGAACGCGGCUGCUGGAAACACCUAUUCCCGCGGAGGUGACGCGGGUGCGGGUUGGAGGCGGGAAGGUGCGCGUGUAUGUGGAGGGCGAGUAUCAGGCGGACAUCACUGCUGGGUAUAUGUCCAACCUGUCUCUUUGGAAGGUGAUUAAAGUGAAGAUUCUUGUACGGGGCGCGGAGAACGCGGCAGAGGGGGAUGGGGAGGAGGAAGAGGAAGAAGAGGAGGAUGAAGAGGAGGAGGAUGAAGGGGAGGGAGAGGGCAGAAAAGAGAGGAAGAAGCGGGGCCAACAGCGAUCACAGGGGAGGAAAGGCACGGCGUCAAGGCAGCACGGAGGGGCACGCAGGGUGAAGUGCAUCAAGGGCAUUCCCAUGAGCGAGGUGCAGCAGAUGGCGCUAGCAGAUGAGCUGCAGCGACGCAUGGCAGCAGCAGCCGAGGACCCAAUCACAGCCCUUCACGUGGUGCUCCACCAGGUGUGCUGCGGCGUGGCAGCGGACGAGAUUCUUCUGCAGCUGCACGCGCUCUGUGCCGCCCGCUGGCGCCAUCAUGUCAAGUUCGAGGUCGCCGCCCGGGACGCGGGCGGCGGGAGAGGGGGACCGGGGGGUGUGGGGACGUCUGGGGGACCCAGUGGGAGCAAAGGAUGGGUGGCAGGGGGAGGGGGAACAGGGGGAGUAGCAGGGGCAGGGGGACUUGGGGGAAAGGGCGGGGUGGGGGGAGCGCGGGUCAGUGGUUCAGGAGCAGCAGCAUCGAGUGGGGGGCCAAAGGAGGGGGAACGUUCCGGGGCAGCAGAGGCAGGAGCAGGAGGAGCCGGGGCAGGAGAAGCGGCCGGGGGUGCAGCGGGGUUGCCAGCGGUACCAGAGGCAUCCCCUGCGGUGCUGCACGUGUGGUACUGGCUGGACCCGGGGAAGGGUGAGAGCACAGGGGGCUCGUCUUCAGCUGUGCUGGUGCGGCUGGGUAUUGUCAGCUUUGAAAGCGCGGACGAGCCGCCACCCUGCCUCACUCUCUCCCUCGCCCCACCCCCCACCACCCCUCCUCCUCCUCCCAUCGUCCCUCCUGCCUCUGCUCCAGGCUCUUCUGCUGCUGCCACCGCUGCUGCUGCGGUUGUUCCUGGUCCUCCUCCCUCCUCUCUCUUCUCCCGCCAGCCGUUGCGCACCCAGCUCAUAUGCCAGCACACGCCGCCUGUGGUGGACCCCGAGACGGGCGGCGAGGUUUGUCUCUAUCUGGACCCGAGCAGGAUUGAUGUGGAGAAGCUGGUGCUGUUUGCCGCCCGGUGCUCGGCGCAUGCCAAGCUGGCGCGGUUAAGGCGAGACCUGCUGGCGGCUCCGCUGCUCUGCUCCGGGCCCCAAGACGUGCUGCUCUCCUUCCCUCCCCCCCCCUCUUUCUCCCUCUACCGCUCCUCAUCACUCUCCACCGCUUACUCUCCCUUCGCUGACCCCCCUCCUCCUCCACCUCCUCCUCCGCUGCAUCCUUCUGUAGAUGCUGCAAAAAGUGCAGUGCUGCCGAAGGAAACGCCAGGCAAAGGGGGGAAGGAAAAAGGGGGAGGGGGGUUGAAUGACGUUCUGAGGAAGCUGGGGAGUGUUUUGGGGAAGCGCAAGCUGCUGAUAGAAGCUCUGUCGUUUGACAAUGCAGGCAUGCCUGACAGUGGUGGUGUUGAGGAUUAUGCCGGUGAUCAUGGUGGUGGUGGUGUUUCUUCAACUUCAACCCAUGAUCACCUGCCAAGAGGCAAGAAGCAGAGGCAGGGAGACGAUGGGAGAGGGGAGGCAUCAGCUGGGAGUGGAGAGCGGUGGAGAGGCAGCAGCAGAGGUGGGGAGAAUUGGGGCAGGGAAGCGUCUGGGUCGAGAGGGAGGGAGGUGCUGUGGGUGCGGGCGUGUGGCGACUGGUUUGCUGCAAUCGGCGUGAACACGCGGACCGGGCGGUACGAGGUGUGGGCGGGCGGCAAGGGCUUGUCCUGGGCGGCGGCGAGGGAGGUGGAGGGGGCGCUGAACAGUGGGAGCUCGACAGCUGGCGACGCGCUGGUGCUGCUGCGGCUGCACUGCCUGCACGCCCAGCUCACAGCGGCGGGCAUGGCUCUGGGUCUCGUGCCGUACAAGGCGGGCCCAGCAGGCAUUCGAUACACAUCAGACGACCCAGCGCACCCCCUCACUCUCCCGCCACCGCCCCGCACACUCCUCUUCACCCUCUCGCACCCUCCCUUCCUCCCCUACCCAACCCCAUCCUCUCCCUCACCACCCCACUGUACUCCUCCUCCCUCCGACUCUCCACCUCCCAACCCCCCCUCAUGGCCGCCCUAUCUGCUCGCCAUUCUCAUACAAGCGGAUUUUUCCCUCUCCUUCCGUCUGCUUCAGCUCACACCCCCGCCACUGCCCCCUCUAGUGCCACACCCUGCUGCUGCUGGGACCAGUACCGCUGCCACUGGAGCUAGUGCUGGUGCUGGUGCUGGUGCAACUGGUGUAGGCGCUACUGCUGCUGCUGGUGCUCCCGGUACCUCUGCUGCAGCAGCAGCUGGGCAGUCACUUGUAGCGUCGCUCGCGCCGCCAGGUGUCACGCGCUGGUUGGCUCUGGAGGUGUGCGCGCUGGUGUUGGCGGCUGGAGAUCCCGAGGUGGUGGCCCUGGCUGGCUCUGGGGAGAGGGAGGGUUUAGAUCGGGGGAAUGGGGGGAGGAGUGGGGGAAAUGUGGAAGGAGGGGGGAAGGAGAUGGUGGGAGGUUGGGAGGAGCUUCUAGAUGUGGCAGAUGACUGGGAGAGUGAUAGUGAGGGGGAUAGUCAGGGGAAUGAUGAGAGGGAUGGCAGGCACGGAGAGGUGGGCAACGAUGGGGAGAUGGACAGAGCGGGGCGAGAUGACGAGGCAGAAGGUGCAGAGCAAGCAGCAGCCGUUGAUCGCAAGCAGGGUGCGAAUCGUGGGGCUGGGACCGUCACUGCCGCUGCAGCGGUUGAAAGCGGUGGUGUUGAUAAAGACACCGCACCCAUCAAGAAGCGCAAACGCCACCACACCAUUCACCACCCAUCCCAACCCCUGCACUGCGCUCUGAUUGGCCGGCCGCUGCAGGAGCUGGUACAGCUGGCAGGGCGCGGCAAGGCCCCUGUGUCCCUCAUCUUCCCCCUCGUGCUGUCCCGAGCCCAGCACCUCGCUGCUGCUGCCGUCAAACACUCCCUCCUCUCCUCCCUCCUCUCCUCUGCUGGUGUCUCCACCGUUCCCUUCCUCUCUGCUGCCUCCUCCUCCCCCUCCUCCUCCUCCUCCUCCUACUCCUCACUCUCCACCUCGUCCCCCUCUCACUUCCCCUGUCUGCCGCCCCUCAUUUCCUCCUCCCUCUCCUCCUUUUCUGCUUCUCCCUCGGAUUUCUCUUAUCCACCAUCCACUGUCCGUCCCUCCUCCCUCGUCUCCCCUCAAACCCUGCUGCGGAUACCGGGCUUUCCCCCUCCUGCAGCAUCAGCUGCACUGCCCCCAGAUACCGCCUCCCCCUGGCAGUCCCUGCUGCUGAGAUCCGAUUCGCCGGCCACUGCCAGCUGGUCCGUGCUGGUGCCAGCUCAGCAUUUUGUCAGCUUCAUGAGCCGAUCCGCCAUUGCCAGCAUGGCGCGUGACCUGGCGUGCGCGUGGCAGGCUUUCCUCUUCAUCCGCCAGCUCAGACGCAUCCUGAUUGGCCGACGCAAGUCAGCAGCGGGAGGGGAAGGGGGAGGAAGGGAAGGGAGGAUUGGGCGAGGGGGGGAGGUGGUGGGAGUGCCAGUGGUGGGGGAUAGGGAGGAGAUGGUGAGGCGGUGGGGGGAGGUGAGGCGGACGGUGAGGGUGGUAGCUGUGGGCACCACAUCUGUCUCUCUUUCAUACGACGGUGGUAUGCUCAUGCCAGGCUGCCCUUACCUAGAAGAGUGUGUGCGCAUGGACGAUGCAGGGCUGUUGUUAGAUGCCAUUCGCCGCACAGCAGCGCCGACCAGAGCCUGGAAACCGACUCUGUCCUUCCUUUUUCCUUUUUUCCCUGUCUUCCUUUACCCCUUGCAGUACCUAGAGGAGUGUGUGCGCAUGGACAAUGCAGGGCUGCUGCUGGAUGCUGUUCGCCUCACAGCAGCCCAAUCCUUCUCGCUCCUUUCCGCUCAUCCGAAUCCCAUUCUCUAUUUAUUCUUUGUCCCCUCCUUUUCGUCCUCUGUCCGUGGGCAGUACCUAGAGGAGUGUGUGCGAAUGGACGAUGCAGGGCUGCUGCUGGACGCCAUUCGCCUCACAGCAGCUCCGCUGCACGCCCUGCACUCCGCCAUCCGCCCCCUCCGCUCCCUCUCCGUCCCUCCCUCCGCCCUGCCGCCCUCGCACCUACACCACCAUGCACAGCAGCAGCCACACGUGCAGCCAUCGCAUUCUAAUGCUCCUGCACAUGCUGCAGCAGCUGGUGCAGGCGCUACUGCGUCUGCUCCUCCUGCUACUACAGCACCACCACCUGAAGCUUCUGGUUCCGCUGCAGCCUCAGCAAGUGGCCCAGCCGCUGCCACUGCAGCACCCACUGCAGCCCCAGCAGGAGCAUCAUCAGCAGCAGCGGCAGCGGCAACAGCAGCAGCAGCAGCAGCAGGGGCAUCUCGAGGGCUGAUGGUGGGAGCAACACUGUGCUCUCUCCUCCCAGGAGACAUCACAAUCAUCCCGCGCGGCCCCUUCUCCUUCCGCAUCGUCUACCGCCACGACUUUGCCAUCCACAUGCGCUGCUUCGCCCCCGACUUCGUCUGGUUGCAGCCCGCCCCGCCGCCCAAAUCCUACGACCUGCCGCCCGGACUCGUCGCGAUGUUCCCUGAAGGCUCUGCUGCUGUUUUGGCUGCAGCGGAAACUCCCAGUGGUGCUGCUGGGAGCGGGAACAGGGGUGGUGGGAACAGGAGAGGUGGGGCAUUGGGAGCACCCACUCCAGGCAUUGGCUAUCCGAGUGGGUCACCCAGUGGUGGUUCUGCUGGUGUUGCAGCAGCAGCGAGUGGGGUGAUUCGAGGGGAUCUGUCUCUGGGAGGGUCCUUGCCCUGCCCACAGUUCCGCCCGUUCAUUCUGGAGCAGGUCUCUCUGCUGCUCUCACAGCUCUCACAUGCGCCUGACCUGCCCCCCGCUGCUGCUGCUGCUCUUCCUCCUGCUUCCACCGCUCCUGCUGCUGCUGGUCCGGGUGCUGGCAGGCUCGGGAGGACAGGGUCGGGGAUGGAGAGCCUGGGAGCAGGAGGGCAGCAUUCGGCCGGUCCCAGCAGCUCACAUCACCAGCAGCAGCAGCAGCAGCAGCAGCAGCAAAGCAUGCAUCCUCAGAAUCACCAGCAGCAGCAGCAGAGGGUGGAGAUGCUGCGGUGGCAGCACAUGGCAGCAUCCCUCGCCUCCUCAGUGCGAGCAGAGUCCCACACGGCGAUGGUGGGGUUGUCAGACGAUGGCGGGUACGGCGGGGCGUGGGUGCCCGUGGUGCUGCUGAAGCGGGUGCUGCGCAGCAUGCUGCGGUACCUUGGGACCAUCGCGCUCUUCGCUCGCUUCCCCUCCGUGCUGGCGGCUGUGCUGGGCCCGGCCAUGGGGACCAGGGAGGCUGGGCUGCUGUCGCAGGAUCCGGAGCAGCCUGCUUUACGGUUCUUCAUCGGCAAUUAUGUGUACAUGGUGAAUCUGCACCGCCAUCGCCGCCCUACUGCUGGAGACCAGCUGCAACUCAUGCUUCAAGUUGUAAACGCCCGCAUGGCUCCACAGCGCCGCCCGCCCGCCAUGACACCCGACGCUGAUGUGGACAUGAGCCCUGCUGAGCUGGCGGAGAUCAGCGACCUCUUCACGCGCAAGGUGGCGGUGGAGCCCUUCGACGUGUCCCGCCUGUCUUCCUUCGUGACGCUUGUCAUGCUCCCAUUGGCUGUGAUUCGCGAGUUCAUGGGCUUGCUGGCCUUGAGACGGGAGCAGCAGCGACUGCUGGCUGCUGCUGCAGCCGCAGCUGCCGGAACAGGCGGGGCAGCAGCAGGGGAGGCAGUAUCAGGGGGAGGUACUUCUGCAGGUGUAGCUGGGGCAGGUAACAUCCCUGCCAUUCCCCCCGCCGCCCGGAUCGCAGUAGACCUUUGCUUUGAGAAUCGCAUCGGAUUAGGCUGGGAUCUCCCAGAUUCGUUUGGGAGACACAGUGGAGGCUCAUCUGGGGGAGGUGUAUCUGCAGGCCAGGUUCACCCAGGCUCUGCUACAGCCGGGAAUGCAGCUGGCAGUGGUAAAACAGCCGACCGCAGCGAUAUCAGCUACAGCCGGGCAGAAAGCCGAGUGGAUUUCUCUCUUGUCCUGCUCAUGGACCAUGCCGCCCUCUCUGCCGCCCACCUGCCGGUCCAAAUCGCGGGCGGCGCAGGCUGGCUGGCUCACUGCAUCUCGGUCCGCCUCCGCUUGCACUUCUCCGCCGCCCCUGCCAAUGCGGCAGCUGCUGGUGCAGGCGCUGCCUCUGUUGCUCCCGGUGCACGAGGGCCGUUGAUUCUGCAGCUGUCUCUGCUGGCCGUUGAUGGCAGUCACGGCGGGAAAGCGUGUUGGAGUAAGGCAGAGGACUGGGACAGACGGACGGGAAUGGCAGCGAGUGGAUGGGGAAUCGACACCGCUGCCGUUUCUGGCUUGCACGAGAGACAACCGUACUGCGAGGAGAAAGGGGAGCAACCUGGAGCAGCACGCCUGAAGGAGUGGACGAGAAGUGACAAGUGUGCGGGUCUCGUUCCUGCCCGAGACACAGCAGCAACGCUGGUGAAUGCAGCACUGGUGAAUGCAGCAGCGCUGGUGAAUGCAGCAGCUCUGGUGAAUGCAGCAGCUCUGGUGAAUGCAGCAGCGCUGGUGAAUGCAGCAGCACUGACGGACGGGGAGGUUGCGAGUAGACAGGGGUGGCAGCGAGAGGAUGGGGGUGGCAGCGAGAGGAUGGGGGAGGCAGCGAGUGGACGGACGGAUGGGGAGGGAGCGGAUGGGGAAUGGAGGAGAGGCAAGCAUUUCACUCAAGGGGCAGUGAUCACCAGUGGCUGCAGCAGCUGCGGGAUGAUGGCGAGCACACAAGGAGUUAGCGAGCAGCGGAAGACUGGUGGCAGCAGCAGCAGCAGUGGAGGAGUGAGACAUAGCCAAGUGCCGAGCCAACAGCAUGGACAGCAGCGGUGCCAGUGGUGGCACCGUCAGACAGUUGCAACGUCAAUGGCAGCUGCAGUGGCGGCUGCAGCAGAAAAGGAGGAGCCAGCACACAAGGAGUUGAGCAUGAUGGAGAGAAAUGGCAGCACGCGCUCACCACGACGGGCGGCGUAUCGCGCGGAUCCGGUGACGCCAACGGGCGUGCGACAGGAAGGAAGCGGGGAGGAUCUGCGCGUCAGAUCAGAGCCAUGGAGGCGGCCCGCGAGCAGCAACCCGUGGAACCUGGCGGAAGGCCAGCGCGGGGUGGAUGAAGUGCGUCGCGAUGGCGACGUGGACAUGGAUACUGCGAGCGAGCAGGGUGACGAGGAAGAAAGGGAAAAACCCCAGCCUGCUCAAGGCGGCGGAAGACGUGACAUCGCCGGCGACGAGGAAUUCCCUACUGAGCGGGGCGACGAAGGGCGCGACGCGGCCUACGACGAAGGAUCCCCCACUGCGCGGGGCGGCGGAAGGCGCGACGCGGCCUACGACGAAGGAUCCCCCACUGCGCGGGGCGGCGAAAGGCGCGACGCGGCCUACGACGAAGGAUCCCCCACUGCGCGGAGCGGCGAAAGGCGCGACGCGGCCUACGACGAAGGAUCCCCCACUGCGCGGGGCGGCGAAAGGCGCGAAGCGGCCUACGACGAAGGAUCCCCCACUGCGCGGGGCGGCGGAAGGCGCGACGCGGCCUAUGACAAAGGAUCCCCCACUGCGCGGGGCGGCGGAAGGCGCGACAUCGCCGACAAUGGGCAGAAUUUCCCUGCUGCGCGGGAAGAAGGAGGGCAGGGGUACGAGAAAAGGAAUGAAGGAGAGCGAGUCCAUCGCGGAAAGGCGCGGGAGAAUGACGAAAAAGACAGAAAUGAAGAGCACUCACCUGCUGGACGGCGCGAAGAGAUGCCGCGUGGGAGCAACAAGGGAGCGGAGCGCCGAACGGGGGCACGCCGAGAAGAGGAAGAGGGGAAGAGGGCAUCGGUGGGUGUCUUCCGCUCACCUGAGCCAAGGCCAGGCUAUGACCGUGUAUGGCGCAUGGCGAUGGGCGGAGCCCGGCGGGCAGAUCGGGAAAAGCGGGAAGACAAGCUGAGCUAUGAGGAGCGACGCCAGCAAAGCCCGCCUGAGUGGGAGCGGGAGUGCAACGGAGAAGGACGAGAAAGGGGCCGGGAAAGGCGAUCACCGCACGGCUCCAGAGCAGAAGGCGGAGGAAAGGUACAGGAGAGACCGCGAAGACGACCAGAGGAGAGGUGCGAGUCCAGAUGGAACCAGGAGGCGACGGCAACAUGGAGAAGGAUCGAGCGGGGCUAG